CUAAGAUUCUUGAAGAUUCUUCAUCGCUGUUGUUACAUUCAUUAUUUAUUGUUUUACGGUGUAGCUGUAUGGUGUAUCGAUUGAAAUUUGUACGUUUAUUAACUUGAUAUAAUAAAUUCUUACUUUGUGAGGCUUGUCAUCUCAAACUCGGGACGAAAUGUCGUUUUACGUGUUACCGGAGAAAUCAAAAGAAAGAUAUAUAACAACAUACGAAAACUUUAUCUCUUGGCAAAAAGAAAAGAACGUCACUUCUUUCUGUGAGGACGUGUUAUUGUUGUAUUUUGAAGAAAUAUCCACAAAAUAUAAACCUUCAUCUUUAUGGGCGAUUUAUUCCAUGUUGAAAAGUGGUUUGAAACGCGGCCAUAAUAUUAAUAUGGAGGAAUAUGGCCAGUUAGGCGCGUUUUUGAAGGAAUUAUCUAAAGGAUAUGUUUGUAAGAAAGUGAAGGCGCUCACGUACGAGAAUGUUGAGAAGUUUAUAGAUGAGGCGCCCGAUGAUAGAUAUCUUGCUACUAAGGCAGCUCUGAUUCUCGCAAUCACCGGUGGCUUCCGACAGCAAGAUCUCAUAGACUUGACAACCGAUGACAUACAAAACCACGGAGAAGUAUUUGUAAUAAAUAUACCCCACAACAAAGACAGAUCACGUGCCUCCUUCGUGAUCCAAGGCAAAUAUUACCAAAUUGUUAAAAAAUAUCAAAGUUUACGUGCAACAAAAGCGCCAACUAACCGCUUCUUUCAACAAUUUAGAAAUGGUAAAUGUAGCACUCAAGUGAUUGGUAAGAAUAAAUUUGGCUCAAUGUCUCGGGAGAUAGCAGAGUACUUGAAUUUGCCAGAUGCCAAUGCAUAUACGGGCCAUUCUUUUCGCAAAGCAUCGACGUCUGCUGAAUGCCCAAGAAUGCUGCUGAAUGCUGAUCUCUGUGCAGAUUCAAUGAAUGGUGAGGAGUGGCUUUUUUUUGGUUUAAUUUUGAGUGUUAUGCAGUAUUGGUUAUGAGUUAUUUUCAUCUGCUGUGACCACUAUUGCUGGAAACUACUGCAGAUCUUUUUCCCAGUUGUUAACACCAGUAACAUGCUAGUGGUAAUGUGCCAACGUGGUGGUAAUAGGUAGGAAUAACCCAAAUAAACCGGACAAGUGCGAGUUGUACUCGCCCACCGAGGGUUCCGUACUUUUUAGUAUUUGUUGUUAUAGCGGCAACAGACAUACAUCAUUUGUGAAAAUUCUACUGUCUAGAUAUCACGGUUCCCGGUUCCGGUUUUACCCUUUGGGUACGGAACCCUAAAACCAAGCCAAGUAUGUGUUGGACCACACAUAAUAGAGGGCCCCCAGUCUGUACAGUAGCGACUAUUUCCCAAUUUAGUUCAUAUCUUUUCCCCAAAGGUAUUGUGUCAGUCUCCAAUUUAACAAUUUGUUAGAGUUAGACCAAGCUAAUUUAGCAGUGAUUGUGAUAACCCCGACUGGAAGUUUUUUUUUUAAUUUAAACGUUAUAUUUUCAUGACGUGUAAAGUAACACUUGCACAGUCUGGCUCGCUCGAAAUCGUGCCAACUUAGCUUGGCCUAACUAUGGUUUUGAUAUGAGUGAUAUGACCUUAAUGAUUGUUUUGAUGAUUGGUGCCGAUCUCACAUCUCAUGGCUUUCAAGUUAUUUUGCAUGCACUAAUCAGCAUGAGCGAUCGUCAAUGUCGUAUCAAAUUGUUUAUGUAUUUU